AUGAAUAACAAGAAUCCAAUACAACAACAAAAAAAUCAGAAUCAAUCUGAUUUUGCAUCUUCUCAAGCUCCCAAUAAGAAUAAUAUAGUUCCUGAAAUUAGUACUCUUAAACAAGAAGUUGUAGAUUUCACAAUCCAAAAACCGAAUAGUAAAGAUGCUGGUUCAAAUCCUUACACGUUAAAAAAUAAUAGUAACAGCAACAUUGACAACAAUAAAAAUACUUCUAAUAAUUCUUCUCCGCUGCCAGAAGGCCUACCACAAGAAUACAUGUCACCAAUAUCUCCAACUAGUCAUACUCCAACUAGCCAUACUUCAACUAGUCGUACUCAAUCUUCUGCUUCUUCUGUAUCAGACUUUGGAAGUCGUUAUAUUAAUAGUGUUAGUAGUGCAUCUAGUAGAGGAGAUCAAAAGAAUAGAGAUACGGCCAACAGUCUGAAAAAUAAAAAUCCUUCGAUUGAUACUUUAAUAGCUGAUAUUGGUGGUAUGAUUGAACCACCAUCAACAUCAGCAUAUAAUAUGAAUUCUGAAAUAGAAAAAAUUAAAUCAAAUUAUGAAUUAAAAGUAGCCACUUUACAAAAGAAAAUAAAAGAUCUUGAACUUGAAAUUUCUAAUCUGAAAAAAUCAAAUUCAGGACCCACUACUGAUAGUGAAAGAGUGAUUGACCUCCAACAGCAAUUAGAUGAACAAGAGAGAGUUAACAGACAGCAGUCAACAAAAGUUUCACAAUUAGAAAACGAUUAUUAUAAAUUAAAUGAGGAACAUCUAUUACAACAAGAACGUGUAAGUGAUGUACAAAAAGAAGCCUCAAAAUUACUAGAAGAGAUACAAAAUUUAUCAAAAAAAAAUGAUGAAUUAACCUUAGAAAUAGAACAAAAUGUUUCUAAUGCCAAUUUAUUAAAAUCAGAGGCGAAUGAAUGGAAAAGUAAAUAUGAAAAAACUAAAACAGAAUUAAGAAAUUUAAAAGCAACAUCAUCAUUUUAUAAAGAAGCACCAAAAGUAGAUGUUGUAAAUGAUCAUGGAAUCAAACCAACACCUGAUGGCGUAAUUGAUGAGUCCAAGAUCGCAUCAUAUCAAGCAGCAAUUGAUAAUUUAUUAAGAGCUGGAAGAUCCGAGGAUCCUGCAAACGUACUAUUAGCAAUGAAAUCAAUUGUUAUAUCAUGUAAGGAUAUAACAGAAGAAGUUGAAUUAUAUGAAAAACAUAAAGGUUCAUCAAUAAAAGCUGAAAAUCAAGAGAAAUUGACCCAACUUAAAACGAAAUUAUCGGCUACACUUACCAAUUUAAUGGCAGCGGCUAAAAAUCAUGCAACCGGGGCUGGUCUUUCACCAGUUAGCUUAUUAGACGCAGCUGCAAGUCAUUUAACUGUAGCUGUCGUUGAAGUGGCGAAGCAUUUAAAAUUAAAACAAUCGCUAAACGAUGGAAUUCAUCAAAAUCAUCAAGAUCAAAAUAUUGGUAAAGAUAAAAAAAUAAAUAGCAUUGUUAAUGGACGUAGUAGAGGGAUUGAUACCGAAGAUUUAAAGGAUUUCCUUGAGCGUCAAACGGAAGCAAUUGUACAAGCAAUUCAAACCCUUUUAGCCAGCAUUCGCAAUGGCUCGUAUGGCGGUGAGAUUAUAGAGAAAAUCAACACAGUAAUAACAAUAUUGUUGAAUGUGAUUGCAGUUUGUAAUGACUCAUUUGAAGAAAAUACUGGCACUCCAUAUCGUAAGCGUGGUAGUGUAUUACUAAAAGAUUUGGAAAGAUGCAUUGAUAAAAUGGAAGAAAUGAAAACAUUGAUAGAAAGAGAUAACGAGAUUGUUUCUGAUAAAGGUUCCAAACAACGUUUGGCCGGUGUUGCUUUUGAAAUUGCAAAAUUUACAAAAGAAUUACAUGGUUUGGUUGAAAAUGAUAAGAAAUAG